GCGGAGGGACACCAUGUUUCACCACGGCAGUGAUGUGUUCCAGUGUUCGUUUCCACGGAGCUGAAGAUCGACUAUUUACGGGUGGAGACGGCAAGGAAUUUAAAUCCCCCGGGUUGUGCGCUACACUUUAAAGACGAAAUAACUCUUUUAGUUGAUUUGUUUCUUUGGUUGGAUUAUUUAGUACAGUUUAAUGUAGUACAUGUCAGAUCGAUAGGGCGUCGGUGUUAAAGUUUUCGAGGGUUUCUUUUCGCUCUCAGUGGAUGGCCAUGGCGGUGGAAACGCGACCGGAGCUGGUUGGGAAGCGGUUCCUGUGUGUCAGUGGAGACGAGCCGCUGGAUCUCGGGGAUAUCGGCCGCUGGGGCUGGCGAGCUGGGGUCAUCCGAGCCGUUACUCACCGAGACAACAACAAUUCAGAGUUAACGGUGUACGUGGAGUUUGAUGACCUGGAGUGGGAGAAGCGCGAGUGGGUGAAAGUGUACGAGGACUUCCAGGUGUUCCUGCUGGAGCAGCAGCUGGUGUGGGCCAAGAGGAGAGAGAGCACCCUGCAGGAGCAGCAGCUGGUGUGGGCCAAGAGGAGAGAGGGCACCGUACUGGGGGAGAACCCUCAGGGGACUAAAGACAAGCACAUCCAGUGGCCAGCUCUGACGUUCAGACCUCUGCUGGGGAAGGCUACUCUGGGUUCCAUCACGGCUGUGGAGUUCUUCUCUGACAGACAACUGGACUUCCUGUCUGACCACGGAGCAUACCAGCCCUACCAGGAUGAAGUGGACAGUCUGAGUCCUGUUCUCAGGGACAACCCUCAGCUUCAUGAAGAGGUCCGGUUCUGGCUCAAAGAUCAAAAGGUUCAGGACAUUUUUCUACAAGGUCCGUAUUCAUUAAAUGGUUACAGAGUCCGUGUUUACAGACAAGACUCGGCUACCCAGUGGUUCACCGGGAUCAUCACACAUCAUGACCUCUUCAGCCGUAAUAUGGUUGUGAUGAACGACCAGGUUCUAGAGCCCCAGAACGUUGACCCGUCUAUGACCCAGAUGAGCUUUCUGGACGAUGUGGUCCACUCUCUGCUGAAAGGAGAGAACAUUGGCAUCCAGUCCCGACGCAGGUCCCGCUCCAGUAACAACCAGAGCAACUCUGCCCACACAGCAGGAGGGAGACCCACUGGCACCACAGGAAGAGAGCAGGGUCACUACACCCGCGCCCAAGCCAACAGCCCCAGACCAGUCAUGAACUCCUCAGGCGGGGCGGUGAAGCAGGGGUCAGGGGUCACCACCCAGCAGCAGCAGGGUCAAGGUCAGGGCGGGUCCCAGAGCCAUCAGGCCUCGGCGCAGCACUCCCCUUGCCAGGAACAGCCGCUGCAGCGACACGGUCCUCGCCUCUCCAGGAGGAAGGGAUCUGACAGCAGUGUCCCUGAUGAUGACGCCAAGGGAGACGACGUGGACGACUUGUUUAAAAGUACGAGCAGCAAGCAGGUGGCUGUGAAAAAGAGGAGGAAAGCGGAGGAGGAAGAGGAGAAGAAAUCCGUUUUGAAAAGACUGAGAAGCGAGACUAUAGUGAGGUCUGACUUCUCUGAGAGCAGUGACUCUGAGAUGUCUACCAAGAGAACCAGGACGGCCUCCUCUUCCUCAGAGCAGAACUCAGAGGAGGAGCUAACAGGAAAGACCGUCCAGGAGGUGCACAAGAGCCAGAGUCGUAAGACUGGGAAGGAGUCUGCUCUGACAGGAAGUCUCUCCCCCUGGGGUGAGGAGCUUCAGAAGGCGGCCGACAGGGAGCAGAGGUCAUCCCUGCGACUACCUCAGCAACAGGGGGAACGGUCUCCACUGCAACAGCGCCUGGCCCCUCCCCUGUCCUCCUCCUCCUCCUCCCAGGGCUCUGCCCCCUCUGAGGGCCAAGGGGAGAGCAUCGUGGAGAACAACAGCACUAUGAAAGCCCUCUGCCAGACACAUCCUCAGUCCAAGAACCAGUACACCAGCGCUGAGGUGGUCUCCAGGACCCAGACUCCCUCUCAGUAUAUAAUCGACAUCACAGCAGAGGACGCUAACGCACACAUGGCCUCCCGGGAGAACUCUGAGGCCGUCUCGGCCCUGCUGGCCUCCCAGAAUCCAUCUGAGCCCUCCUACCUCUCGGAGCCCAGCAGACAUUUGGUGCUAAACCCCUCUUUGGCCCCUCCCUCUCCCCUUCGUAAGAGCCCCUCGGAGUGUGACCUUAGGAACCAGCCUCCCUCAGUGUCAGAGAGUGACCUUAGGAACCAGCCUCUCUCAGUGUCAGAGUGUGACCUUAGGAACCAUCCUCCCUCAGUGUCAGAGAGUGACCUUAGGAACCAUCCUCCCUCAGUGUCAGAGAGUGACCUUAGGAACCAGCCUCUCUCAGUGUCAGAGUGUGACCUUAGGAAACAUCCUCCCUCAGUGUCAGAGAGUGACCUUAGGAACCAUCCUCCCUCAGUGUCAGAGUGUGACCUUAGGAACCAUCCUCCCUCAGUGUCAGAGAGUGACCUUAGGAACCAUCCUCCCUCAGUGUCAGAGAGUGACCUUAGGAACCAGCCUCUCUCAGUGUCAGAGUGUGACCUUAGGAACCAUCCUCCCUCAGUGUCAGAGAGUGACCUUAGGAACCAUCCUCCCUCAGUGUCAGAGAGUGACCUUAGGAACCAGCCUCUCUCAGUGUCAGAGUGUGACCUUAGGAACCAUCCUCCCUCAGUGUCAGAGUGUGACCUUAGGAACCAGCCUCCCUCAGUGUCAGAGUGUGACCUUAGGAACCAUCCUCCCUCAGUGUCAGAGUGUGACCUUAGGAACCAUCCUCCCUCAGUGUCAGAGUGUGACCUUAGGAACCAUCCUCCCUCAGUGUCAGAGUGUGACCUUAGGAACCAUCCUCCCUCAGUGUCAGAGUGUGACCUUAGGAACCAUCCUCCCUCAGUGUCAGAGUGUGACCUUAGGAACCAUCCUCCCUCAGUGUGCAGGAAGCCAGAAGUAAAGCAGCACAUAGUUGGCAUCCUGGGCAGUAAGAUGGAGUUAGUCCAUUCAGUGGUGAUCAGACCUAUAGCAUCAGUCAGUGAGUCUGCUGCUGUAGUAGAGAGAGAGAAGCAGCUCUAUUCCUCCAUGUUGCCCUGCUUUAAGAACGCCUCAUUGGCUGAUGAGGCCAGGAAGUCGUACAAGCUAAGCCCCUCCCCUGAUGUCCCCAAGCCCCUCCCCUCCCCAGAGGCCCUCUGCUCCCCUGACACCAUCAAGUCUAAAACACAGAGUGUUCUGGAGACUGGGUCUAAACCCAAGCCCCUCCCCUCCCCAGAGGUGUCCAAGCAUAAAGGCCGUUACCCGGACAACCCCCCUCGCUCCAGCUUUAAGCCCGUCCUGGCCCGAGGGACUGAGUCGCCAGGGUCUUGCACUAAGAGUCCGCUAAUCAUCGAUAAGAACGAGCAUUUCACCGUGUACCGGGACCCUGCGCUUGUCCGUCCCAACCAGGAGUCCAACCGCGUGUCCUAUCUGCACCCCCAGCUCCACCCCCUCCACGCCCCCUCCCACGCCUCCUGCCUCACCUCCCACCUCCUGCCCUCCUCCCACCUCCUCUCCGGGGUACUCUCUGGCCUGCCUCCAGGCCCCCUGCUGGGGGGUCAUCCCCGACUAGACUCCUCAGGGCUGGGGCACCUGGGACUAGCCCAUCACCAUCCUGUCUCUCAGCCCCAGACACACAGCCUCACCUCAGCCUCAUACAACCAGCUGGGUCUGUACCCAAUCAUCUGGCAGUACCCCAAUAAGACCCGCUCCUAUCCCCCAGGACUCAACCUGCCCGGGUCCAAGUGGGUGCACCCCGAAAACACUGUCAACUCUGAGACCAACAUGAGGAGGAACACGGCCAGCCCUUGGCUACACCACCCGGUCCCUGUCUCCUCCUCUGACAGUCUGGACCUACUGAGCCACAUCCCGGUCCCCGUCCGACCAGCCAGCGCCGACCCCCAUCCCCACCGGUCAGAACCACACCGCUCGGACCCCCACCCCCACCGGUCAGAACCACACCGCUCGGACCCACACCGGCUCAUCAAGAUCAACCCCCACGCCAGCCCCCCCCUGGCCAAGACCGCUGGAGAUCUUCACAAGGAGGAUCUGAAGGGUUUUGUGGACCCCAUCAGAACCAUCACUCUGGCCCACCUGAAGCAGGAGCAGGACCGCAGCAGAACCCCGACCGGGAAGGACAGUCACCUGCACCAACUCUACCUGGAGGCCCAUAAUAAACAACAGCAGCAGAGGAUGGUCCAGCAGCAGCAGGAAGCAGGGCAAAGGGACCGGGCCUCUAAGUAUAAGGAGGAGAACAGACGGAUCCUCCAGGAGAGCAUCGAGGUGGCCCCCUUCACCGCUAAGAUCCGCUCCAGUGAUACCGACAGGGAGCCUAACCCCUACCCCCGGAUCCCCUCGCUCCCCUCCCUGCCCCACCCCUACCCCCGGCCCCAGCGCCUCCAUCGGGAGAAGGAAGCGGAGCACCCUGCAGCAGACCUGUAUCAGUUUAAACAGCAGGCCGCGUCCCAGCACAGUCUCCCCCCGAGUAACUACUUCACUACCCUGUCCAACAGUGUGGUCAACGAGCCGCCGCGUCUCUACCCCUCUAAAGAGUUCAACUCCUACUUUGAGAAGGUGAACAGGGAGCAGGACUCAGCAGCAGCAGCCUCUGGUCUCUCUCUGGGAGGAGGGGCAGCGUUUAGCUCCAAGUCCAAACCCCCUCCUCUCAUCAAACACCAGGCUGAUGGGGAGGGUCUGCUAGGGAAGAUAUCAGAGCAGCUGAGCCAGCAGGUCAGCCUAUCCAACGUGCAGAGGUAUCGUCUCAGUACCAUAGUCAGCCCUGUUAGUCCAGACCUCUCCCCUUCCUCCAGUCAGACCCAGAGUCAGAGCCAGAGUCAGACCCAGAGCCACUGUCAGAGCCAGAGUCAGACCCAGAGCCACUGUCAGAGCCAGAGUCAGACCCAGAGCCACUGUCAGAGCCAGAGUCAGACCCAGAGCCACUGUCAGAGCCAGAGUCAGACCCAGAGCCACUGUCAGACCCAGAGUCAGACCCAGAGCCACUGUCAGACCCAGAGUCAGACCCUGGCCCAGCUAAGGUGUAUGCCAGCCCUGCACCGUGCCCCCGUGUUCCACCCUCCUAUCCAGCAGACACUGGACAGAAAGGAGGUGGGCUACGGCCGUUUGUCUCCACCCACCCUGACCCCCAUCCAGCCAGUCAGCUCGGCCGGUAAGGUGUCUGAGCAGCAGAAACCGCCCACCCUUCUGCCCGAGCUACGGGAGGUCAGCGCCGUGUGUAAGGGCGGGGCAGCGAUGACCUCAUCCGAGGUGUGGCGAGCCGGCCACUCUCAGGGCCACGACAAGCCGGGAUGGCAUUCUGAGAGGAGCCCCGGCAGGAAGCUUGGGGCCACCGCGGCGUCUGUUAUCGUCCGUCCCUCCACGUGUAUAAAGUACGACGGCUCGCCAGGCGCCAAGACCUCGGCCAAGGACUCUCUGACGGGGAGGAUGUUCCCGGGCAGCAGGCCUCAGACAGUCUGUCUGAAACUGGCCUAUGAGAGAGACAGGGAGUCUGGAGGGAAGGUGAUCCUGCCAAACACUAACUUGGAGGAGGCUGCUUGCGUGCAGCAGUACAAUAACAACGUUAGGAGAGUGUCCCAGUCUCAGGGAACCUUUCCAGGCUCUGUCUCGGCUGCUGCCAACUCUGUGUGCAAUAGGAGUAGUGAUGUGACUAGGGCAGUCUCCAACAUGGCUCCCUACGGUGUGCUGAGUAGAAGACAAGAGAGAACCUACUGUGGGCCCAACACCUCAAGCGCUAGCAGGACAGAGAGCUCUGGCCCUCAGGGCAGGGCCUUCCACUCAGGGCCUGGGUCAGGGCCAAGGGCUGAGCUCCAGCAACAGGAGGGGGGCUCCUCCAAGACCUCAUCCCCCAACCUGGCCAGCAGCACCCAGGCCUCUCCCAACCCCAGCCAGUCCUACUAUGGGAGCUUUGUCCAUCUGAAGAAGCACAAGGCAGCGUUGGCAGCAGCUCAGCAGUCAAGAGGCCCUAGCAGCUCCAGCAGUCCAGAGGCCUUAGCAGCAGCAGCCCAGCAGUCCAGAGGUCCUAGCAGCAGCUCCAGUGGUCCUGAGAGCCUGAUUGAGCCAUCUAACAGUAAAGCUCUUCACAUCUCCCCUCCACCUCCCCUUGCCUCGGCCUCAGCCCAGGACCACAGAACCACAGCAAGCCCAGGACCACAUCAAGCAGGAGCUUGCCCCAGCCCUGGCCCCCUCCCCAAUGGCCAGCCAGCCCAGAUGAAUCAGAGCCAAUCUCAACCCAACUACCACAAGCUGAAGAAGGCGUGGCUCACCAGACACUCAGAGGAGGACAGGAACAUAAACACUAUGAUUAAAACAGAGGACGCUGAUAAGUCUGUUACCACCACUGUGUCGAAGUCCGUUACCACCACUGUGAGCCCCUCUGUGUCGAAGUCCGUUACCACCACUGUGAGCCCCUCUGUGUCGAAGUCCGUUACCACCACUGUGAGCCCCUCUGUGUCGAAGUCCGUUACCACCACUGUGACCCCCUCUGUGUCGAAGUCCGUUACCACCACUGUGAGUCCCUCUGUGUCGAAGUCCGUUACCACCACUGUGAGUCCCUCUGUGUCGAAGUCCGUUACCACCACUGUGAGCCCCUCUGUGUCGAAGUCCGUUACCACCACUGUGAGCCCCUCUGUGUCGAAGUCCGUUACCACCACUGUGAGUCCCUCUGUGUCGAAGUCCGUUACCACCACUGUGAGCCCCUCUGUGUCGAAGUCCGUUACCACCACUGUGAGUCCCUCUGUGUCGAAGUCCGUUACCACCACUGUGAGUCCCUCUGUGUCGAAGUCCGUUACCACCACUGUGAGUCCCUCUGUGUCGAAGUCCGUUACCACCACUGUGUCUGAGAUGGAGAUGAUCAAGCCUUGCACCGUCACUCUGAUUGCCUCUACCUCCAGUGAUGUGGAGAUGAAGAUAGAAGAAGUCAAAGGUCAGGAGGACAAGAUGGCCGCCGAGGACAGGAAUACGCGGCGUGGCAGCAAGAGGGUGUACGACCACGACUCGGCCUCGGAGAGCGGAGAGGACUCCGACGCCAGCGAGAGCAGCAAGCAGGAGCAGAGGGCUAAGAGGCGGCCCAAACCCACCUACAAGAAGAAGCAGAACGACAUGCGGAGGAGGAAAGGAGAGGGAGAGAAAGAUGAGGAGCUGAAACCCAACGGGAUCUUUCGGAGCGCCAAGGAGAAGACCAAGCUGAAACUGUCCGGCAACAAUGGUAUCCCCCGCUCUGUGCUGAAGGACUGGAGGAAGGUGAAGAAGCUGAAGCAGACUGGGGAGUCGUUCCUGCAGGAUGACUCGUGCUCCGAGAUCGGACCCAACCUGCAGAAGUGUCGAGAGUGUCGUGCUGUCCGAAGCAAGAAGGGGGAGCAGCCAGCUCAUUCCCCUGUCUUCUGCCGCUUCUACUACUUCCGCCGCCUGUCCUACAGUAAGAACGGAGUGAUCCGUGUGGACGGCUUCUCUACUCCUGAUCAGUUCGAUGAGGAGGCUCUGUCCCUCUGGGCUCCUGACGUAUACGAGGAGAAUGAGUUGGACCCAGACUCCUCCAAGUACAUCCUCUCAUAUAUAGGAGACCAGUUCUGUCAGAUGGUCACCACUGAGAACACUGCUGCUACAUGGAUCAAAAAAGAUGCCAAGAUGGCCUGGAAGAGGCCUGUGAGAGGGGUCCGGGAGAUGUGUGACGCAUGUGAAGCCACCUUGUUUAACAUUCACUGGGUCUGCCACAAAUGUGGCUUUGUGGUUUGUCUGGACUGUUACAAGGCGAAGGAGAGGAAGACCUCCAAAGACAAAGAGCUGUACGCCUGGCUGAAGUGUGUCAAGGGACAGCAGCAUGGGCACAAGUACUUGAUGCCAACACAGAUUAUCCCAGGAACUGUUCUGAGCGAGGUGGCCAGCGCCAUGCAUCUGUUCAGGGAGAAGUACAGCAUCAGGACCCCCUGUGUCUGUACUGGGAAACACAGCCCUCUACUCAACAAGCUGCCUGCUACCAACGGAGUCUCUCAGGUCCUCCAGAACGUGUUAAACCACAGCAACAAGAUGUCUCUAUGUAACGUGAAGACAGAGCAGCUGAUCCCCGGUAAAGCUGAGACUAACGGAGGCUCCAGCCCUGCCUCAGACAUCCCCUCUGACUCCAAACCGACUCCCCCGGAGUCCCAGAGUCCUCUCCACUUCCUGGCUGACCUGGCUGAACAGAAGUCACGGGAAGACAAGAAAGAAAACAAAGAGUCUCCUCUGGGUAAGGAGGACAAGGAGGACAAGAUCAGUAGCCUGGAGUCUCUCCACUGUAAAGCGUCUAGCCUGGUGUCUAACAUCACAGAACAGGGCUCUACUCUAAGAGACCUCCUGACUACCACCGCUAGUAAACUACGUCUGGGCUCUACUGACGCUGGCAUGGCCUUCGCUCCUGUAUACUCCACCGCAGCACAGAUGAGUUGCCGUAGCAUGCCCAACAUCCUGGAUGACAUCAUAGCGUCCGUGGUGGAGAACAAAAUCCCUGCCAGCCGAGGAGCCAAGCUGAAGCUGGAGGCCUCCACCAACACGACAGAGAACAGGGAGGUGAAGACGGAGAGGAUCGAGAGGAAGAAGCAGCUUGGGACAGGUCCUAACCCUGGGACUGGGACAGAAGAGCUUCCUGUAGCCAAGCCUCAGCUAGAGAAGACCCUGCAGCUCCAUGCUGACAUCCCCCACUGCUGGUUGUAUGAACGCAGACUGCUGUGGCUGAAAGACCAUCGUCACCCUGGCAACUGGAAGCUGUUCAGAGAGUGUUGGAGACAAGGACAGCCGGUCCUGGUGACUGGGCUCCAUAAGCCUCUGAACGCAGCUCUGUGGAAGGCAGACAGCUUCAACCAGGAGUUUGCUGACCAUCAGGGAGACCUGCUGAACUGUAAAGAUGGACGUGUCUCCAACUCUGGAAUCAACGAGUUCUGGGACGGCUUCGAAGACCUCACCAAGAGACCCAAGUCUAAAGACGGAGACACCGUGGUGUACAGGCUGAAGGACUGGCCGUCAGGAGAGGAGUUCAUGGCCCUGAUGCCUUCCAGGUAUGAUGACCUGAUGAGGAAUCUGCCCCUGCCUGAGUAUUGUGACCCUGAAGGGAACCUGAACCUGGCCUCUCAUCUCCCCAGCUUCUUCGUACGCCCAGACCUCGGACCACGCCUCUGCUGUGCAUAUGGAGUGGCAGCGUCUCAGGAGCAGGACUUCGGGACCGCUAACCUCCACAUGGAGGUCUCUGACAUCGUCUCUGUCCUGGUGUACGUGGGAGUGGCCAAGGGGAACGGAGUCCUGUCCAAGACGGGAGUGCUGAAGAGACUUGAGGAGGAAGACUUGGACGACAGCGUGAAGAAGAGGUUGAAGGAUUCCAGCGAGACGCCUGGAGCCUUGUGGCACAUCUACAUUAGCAAAGAUGUGGAGAAAAUUAAAGACUUUCUGUACAAGGUUGCUAAGGAGCAGGGGGUGGAGAUUUUGGCGGAGCACGACCCAAUCAGAGAGCCGGGCUGGUACCUGAGCAGGAAGUUGCGUCAGCGUCUGUGGGAGGAGCAUGAGGUGCAGGGCUUGACCGUGGUUCAGUUCCUGGGGGACUCUGUCCUCAUCCCCGCCGGGGCGGUGCACCAGGUGCAGAACCUUCACAGUUGUGUCCAGGUGAUAAAUGAUUUUGUGUCUCCAGAGCAUGUGUUCCACUCCUUCCACCUGACACAGGAGCUGAGAUCCUCCAGAGAAGAGCCCAACUACGAAGAUAAACUCCAGGUAAAGAACAUCUUGUUCCACUCUGUGAAGGAUGCAUUGACGUCGCUGAGGAGGUACAACCAGGAGGAGGAAGAGAACUCCUGACCCGUAGUCCCCCUGGCGCCUCCCUCUCUGGCGCCUCCCUCUCUGGCGCCUCCCUCUCUGGCGCCUCCCUCUCUGGCGCCUCCCUCUCUGGCGCCUCCCUCUCUGGCGCCUCCCUCUCUGAGACGUAUUCCUUCAGCCUAGAACAGAUAUAUACACACUGAAACUAACCACAACAGCACCGUCAACCUAGUGUCCAGCAGAACACACUAAAACUACAUGUUACUGACCAGCAUCACUACCACAGCAUCGGGAUACUGUCCACAGCAGCAUCACUACCACAGCAUCAGGAUACUGACCACAGCAUCAUCACUACCACAGCAUCAUCACUACCACAGCAUCAGGAUAGUGUCCACAGCAGCAUCACUACCACAGCAUCAGGAUACUGUCCACAGCAGCAUCACUACCACAGCAUCAGGAUACUGACCACAGCAGCAUCACUACCACAGCAUCAGGAUACUGUCCACAGCAGCAUCACUACCACAGCAUCAGGAUACUGACCACAGCAUCAUCACUACCACAGCAUCAGGAUACUGUCCACAGCAGCAUCACUACCACAGCAUCAGGAUACUGUCCACAGCAGCAUCACUACCACAGCAUCAGGAUACUGUCCACAGCAGCAUCACUACCACAGCAUCAGGAUACUGACCACAGCAGCAUCACUACCACAGCAUCAGUAUACUGACCACAGCAGCAUCACUACCACAGCAUCAGGAUACUGUCCACAGCAGCAUCACUACCACAGCAUCAGGAUACUGACCACAGCAGCAUCACUACCACAGCAUCAGGAUACUGUCCACAGCAGCAUCACUACCACAGCAUCAGGAUAGUGUCCACAGCAUCAGGAUACUGACCACAGCAGCAUCACUACCACAGCAUCAGGAUACUGACCACAGCAGCAUCACUACCACAGCAUCAGGAUACUGACCACAGCAGCAUCACUACCACAGCAUCAGGAUACUGUCCACAGCAGCAUCACUACCACAGCAUCAGGAUACUGUCCACAGCAUCAGGAUACUGACCACAGCAUCAGGAGAACUAUCUGGUCUUAGUGCUGACUGCUGUUCUGGAACCUUCUGUUCUCUGUUCUGGAACCUUCUGUUCUCUGUUCUGGAACCUUCUGUUCUCUGUUCUGGAACCUUCUGUUCUCUGUUCUGGAACCUUCUGUUCUCUGUUCUGGAACCUUCUGUUCUCUGUUCUGGAACCUUCUGUUCUCUGUUCUGGAACCUUCUGUUCUCUGUUCUGGAACCUUCUGUUUUCUGUUCUGGAACCUUCUGUUUUCUGUUCUGGAACCUUCUGUCCUGUGUUCUGGAACCUUCUGUUCUCUGUUCUGGAACCUUCUGUUCUCUGUUCUGGAACCUUCUGUUCUCUGUUCUGGAACCUUCUGUUCUCUGUUCUGGAACCUUCUGUUCUCUGUUCUGGAACCUUCUGUCCUGUGUUCUGGAACCUUCUGUCCUGUGUUCUGGAACCUUCUGUUCUCUGUUCUGGAACCUUCUGUUCGCUGUUCUGGAACCUUCUGUUCUCUGUUCUAGAACAUUCUGUUCUCUGUUCCUUUUGUUUGUUUAGUUUCGUUAUUGUCUUUCAACCUGUAUAUUGUUUGUGUGAAGAUGCUGUAUUUAUUUAAUAGGAGUUGUAAAUGUGACGCUAGAUGAAAUGUAAAUGUGUCUUGUACAGUUAGACGGAUGCCGUUUCCUACGUUGAGACGGUUACUGUGAGAGGAAACGGACUUCAGCUGUCGCCCAGAACUCUGGGAGUCGCGAGAGGAAACGGACUUCAGCUGGCGCCCAGAACUCUGGGAGUCGCGAGAGGAAACGGACUUCAGCUGGCGCCCAGAACUCUGGGAGUCGCGAGAGGAAACGGACUUCAGCUGGCGCCCAGAACUCUGGGAGUCGCGAGAGGAAACGGACUUCAGCUGGCGCCCAGAACUCUGGGAGUCGCGAGAGGAAACGGACUUCAGCUGGCGCCCAGAACUCUGGGAGUCGCUGCUGAAUUCGUCCUCAUGCCAUAUCUUUUUAAAAUCAACUGCCAAACUAUUGUGUUGUAUAAAACCGUGUAAAGUUGUAUUAUGUAAAAAAAAAAAAAAGACUAAAUGAAUAAUACACUUCAGCAUAUUAGAAGUAUUCACUGUAAAAUGGAGACAUUUACACACAAAAAAUAAUUUAUUGAAAUUUUGAAGUGUAAAUAUAUACAUAUAUACAUUCACUGAUGUAUUUUUUAAAAACAUGGCUUGCUUCAAUUUGUAAUUUUAAAAGUGUUACAUGCUUUGUACAUUGAAGUUCAAAAGGGUUUUACAUUUUCCAUUAAAAUGGAUUCAUCAAA